AUGACCCUGUGGUUCUCGGCGCCUUUGUUCCUGCUGGUGUGGCUAAUGACACGGGACGAGGAUCCGCUUUCAGGAGCCUUCUCAGUUGUGCGCCGAUGCGUUCAAAAGGCGACAGGACUAGAGUUUGCUGCCAAAAUUAUCAACACCAAGAAACUGUCUGCCCGAGACUUCCAGAAACUCGAAAGAGAGGCGAGAAUUUGCAGAAAGCUGCAACACCCAAAUAUAGUUCGUCUGCAUGAUAGUAUACAGGAGGAAUCGUUCCAUUACCUCGUCUUUGAUCUGGUCACCGGCGGAGAACUGUUCGAGGAUAUCGUCGCCCGAGAAUUCUACAGCGAGGCCGACGCUUCACAUUGUAUUCAACAAAUUUUAGAAAGUGUAAAUCAUUGUCAUCAUAAUAAUAUUGUACAUAGGGAUUUAAAGCCGGAGAACCUCCUUCUGGCCAGCAAAGCCAAGGGCGCCGCCGUCAAACUUGCAGAUUUCGGCCUCGCAAUCGAGGUGCAAGGGGACCAGCAAGCAUGGUUUGGUUUUGCAGGUACGCCGGGCUACCUCUCACCCGAAGUCCUCAAGAAAGAACCUUAUGGAAAACCUGUAGACAUCUGGGCUUGUGGUGUAAUCCUAUACAUCCUCCUGGUGGGUUACCCUCCCUUCUGGGAUGAGGACCAGCAUAGGUUAUACGCCCAAAUCAAGGCAGGAGCUUAUGAUUAUCCAUCACCAGAAUGGGACACUGUAACUCCAGAAGCCAAAAAUCUUAUCAACUCAAUGUUGACUGUUAAUCCAGCCAAGCGUAUUACUGCUGCUGAAGCACUCAAGCACCCAUGGAUCUGCCAACGUGAGCGUGUAGCCAGUGUGGUGCACAGGCAAGAGACUGUCGACUGCUUGAGAAAAUUCAAUGCCAGAAGAAAGCUAAAGGGUGCGAUCCUGACGACAAUGCUGGCGACUCGCAACUUCUCCAGUAAGUACGAAGCACAGGGUAAGUGGGCAUCCCCUCUAGGCGGCAGUGGAACCCUAACCUCCCCGCUGACUGACUCCUUGUACCCCAGUUUAAGACUCCCCUCAAUCAAGUCAUUGCAAUGCCAUAUGUUCAAGUUGUGGAAUCAUCAUGCUGAGAGGAAAUGGCAUAGCUUUGAGUUGGGACUGGAACGAGCACUUGUAAUCUAGAGUGUCCUAUUGUAUGCUGCUCACAUUCACAUGCUGGAGCACAUUUCUUUUUCAGUAUACAGAAGUGGGUUGGAAUUAAUGGCACCAUAGAUUUCAAGUGUUCUUUCAGGAUGGGAUAUUGGGGGGAGUCAGGGGCUGAUGAUAUAAGCACUCCUACCUAAGAUUCUUUGCACUCCUCUGGGUCAUGAUCUUUGUGAAGUUAAAGAUUAUCCAUGUAUCUGCCCUAAUGGCUUGUGGUCAUCCUAUUCGUGGACUCUUUAGUAGAGAAUAGACAGAAGUCCCUGUGUUCACGCUUUUAGUGCAAUGUCCAAAUCUUUACCAGAUAUUGGAAUGUAAAGUGAUGAAGAGAGAUACAAAGUGGUAAGAGACGUUGCAAGAAGCCUGAAGGAAUGGGACAUAUUUUCAUUUAGUGUUUUGAUGUUACCAUAUUUUAUGUUGCAAUAAAUCUAACAGUUGGUGUCAAGAGCUCACCACAGAUGUGAUAAAUAAUAUCAGUGAGGGCGAAUUUAAAGCAGGUAGUGGCCACGUAGUGUGUGAGCUGUUGUCCAUUUAACGUCUUUCAGAUUAUUGUAUUACACGUACAGUAUGAUGAACCAUUCAUGUAGAUAAUGAUAAGACUCAUAAAUUAAAGAUUAUACUUGUAAAAUUUUGAAGAAGUUUAUGUUUUUUUGUCAAUUCCUGAAGUAAAUGUACAUUAUGGCUUAAAGAGUUGUCUAAUUGUAGUAUUGUAGUGAAUACUUGAUCCCUACAUAAAAUAACUGUAGAUGAAUUUUGAUUACUGUGUUCAAAAUUGGGUCAGACUGAACUCAAAUUUAAACACAGUGUAGUGCCAAAAAGGCAGAUUACCAGUGAAUAAUAUAAAGGGCUGUCAACUAUUGGUGGUUCUUUUAAUAAUUAUCAGUAGCACACAAACAUACAUAUGUCACAUAUACACACAUUUCCAAAGAAAGAUAUGGAAGCAGAAUGAGAGAGAGAGAGAGUGAGACAGGGAAAGAGACAGAAAAGGUGUAGUUCAAGUAUUUGUGACUGGAAAUAGAGUAAGAAGUAAUUAGCAAAAGAAACAAGAUGGUUAGUCAGUUUAUGGUUUGAAUGAAAAUGUACGUCUUAUAAUGUCCUGAUCUUUAUGGCUUAGGAACUAUACUGUAUUAAUAUACUGUAUUGGGAGAGAAGAUCAAUUUUAGAUAUUAAUUAAGCUGGGGAGAGGAGGUAGGACAUAUUUCAUGUGGGUCAGUUAUAAUUUCUUUAUAAAGCUAUGUUGAUAAGAGAAUUACGGGGAACGGAAGGAGAGUGUGCUUGUGUGAGGAAGAGGGGGGGAUGGAAGGAAAAAGGGAGGGAGGGAGAUAGUGAGGGAGAGGGAGAGAGGGAAAGAGAGAUAGAAAGGGAUAUAAAGUAAGUGUGUGUGUGUGUGUGUGUGUGCGUGUCUGUGUGUGUGUGUGUGUGUAUUCCUUAGUGUUUUUAGUGAUAAAAGUACAUCUUGAACAUAAAUAUGGUAUAGAUACAUGUAGGUAAUACAUACAUUCAGAGUAUAUACAUCUUAUCAGGUAGUGGAAGUCCUUCAUUAAGCCCAUCCCUAAGUAAAAUACUUUUCUACAUUUUGCUUCAGUUAUAUGUGUUUAGUAAUAGUUAUUUUCUCUUUGGUCGCUGUUGUAGUGUAGAUCAACAAGAUGUGUAGUUUAAGCAGCACAUAAACCUUAUGGGUUGUAAUUUCAAGCUGUGUGUAUUGUUAACUUCCUAAGUCUAUUAUUAUAUAAGCAGUUCUCAAUAUGUUUGGCUUUUUACAUAUCAGUAAAUCUAUGGUAGCUAAGAGAUUACAAAUACUUGUCCUCCUUUUAACUUCCCCUGUUCUAAAUGUUCAAAAUUUAAUCUUCAAUGUACAGCGUGUUCUUUACAAUCUUCCGUCUUUUUUAAUUAAAUGUUUUUUAUUUUUCUGCAUUUUAGGCCCAUGUUUAUCAAAGAAUGAUUUGAUUAUUUCAUCACCCCUUGAUUUCUUUCAUGCCAGAAGAUAUUAAUAAAGAUGGUCCUUUUUCUCAGAAAGCACCCUUAAAAAAAAAAAAGAAAAAAAAAGAAAAAAAAAAACUAAAGA